CGCGGGGCGGACGGGUGGGGGUCGGAGUCCAGGAAGGGUCGCAGUGUCACCCCCUUCUCUUGUGAACACGGGGCACGGGGUUCCGGGGAGAAGGGUGGGAGGAGUUAAAUUCUUGGAGGGGGUGGAGGUCAUGUGGACGCCACGCCCCUACAGGAAGGAAAGGAGAGAGAGUGUGUGGAUGAAUGUGUGUUUAGAGAGAGAGGGGAUGGAUGUGUGUUUGCGAAUAAACUUGGAGGGGAGGGGGCGACAAGGGUGGGUUUCCGGGCUGAGAAAUGGGAACACUGUGGGGCUGCUGCAAGCAGGACUUGGGCCUUAAGCAUUCCAGGAGAGUGUUCUCGGGAGUAGCCCCGGGAAGGACUUUAACAGAGGUUGGAAAUUACAUCUCUGGCACAGUUUUGCAAGCAGAGGGGGAGCUUAGUUGAAAAGGAGCAAAGAAUGCAUGUGGAAGAUGCCAACAUCUCGGUCUGGAAAGGAUUUAUUAACUAGUUGAAGAGGGCUGGUGGAUUAAAACACUUAGCACCCUAAGAAGCUUGGGAGAUUCGAUUAUUAUGUUGCGCUUUAGACAGGAGGACAGGAGAAAGGGCGUUCUUUUCUCGAUUUCUUAGAAGACAGUCUCCGGUUACUUUUCUGUGGUGAGAAUGGGUACGAUCCAUCUUUUAUCCUGAAUCAUGUUAACACAGAAAUCUGCCUCCUGGGCCAUGCCGCUUCUAAGGCCUAUUUCUUCUCAUGAGCCCCAGCACAAGACAGAUGGGCCAGUUCUCACAGUGGAUAGCUUCCCGUGCCUGAGCAAGAGAUGGGAUAGUAUCUGGGAUCUGGCCAUCACCAGACGCUGAGCUUAAUAAGGCAGCUGAAUGAAGGGAGGUAACGGACCCCUGAGAGGGGCACUGAAGUCUGCAGUGGGGGGGGAGGGGCCUGGACACACCCCUUCCCCCCCAGACUCCUCCCCGUCAGGGUCAGCUCAGCCAUGGACUUUGGACCUGGAUAAGAAGAGAGAAGCUGCACUUUGGCGGAUCUGAUUUGGGAUUCUCAGUUUUGAAAAUGGAGUGCGGAAUGGGGAUUUGAUAAUCUCCUGGGGAGCAACUGAGACAAGAGAAGAAAGGUGCAUGGCUGCUUCCUAAUCCCGUAGUCCAGAGGAAGCAUCCCUAGGACUGCGGGCGAGGGAGCUGGGCAAGCCCAGGGCAGCCUUGAACCCUCUCCUUGCCUGCCCUCCCCGGUGGGGGCCAGGAUGCUGAAGAAGCAGUCUGCAGGGCUUGUGCUGUGGGGCGCCAUCCUCUUCGUGGCCUGGAAUGCCCUGCUGCUCCUCUUCUUCUGGACACGCCCAGCACCUGGCAGGCCACCCUCAGUCAGUGCUCUGGAUGACGACCCCGCCAGCCUCACCCGUGAAGUGAUUCGCCUGGCCCAAGACGCCGAGGUGGAGCUGGAGCGGCAGCGUGGGCUGCUGCAGCAGAUCGGGGAUGCCCUGUGGAGCCAGCGGGGGAGGGCGCCCACAGCGGCCCCUCCCGCCCAGCCGCAUGUGCCUGAGACCCCAGCGCCAGCGGUGAUUCCCAUCCUGGUCAUUGCCUGUGACCGCAGCACUGUUCGGCGCUGCCUGGACAAGCUGCUGCAUUAUCGGCCCUCGGCUGAGCUCUUCCCCAUCAUCGUUAGCCAGGACUGUGGGCACGAGGAGACAGCCCAGGCCAUCGCCUCCUACGGCAGCGCGGUCACGCACAUCCGGCAGCCCGACCUGAGCAGCAUUGCGGUGCCGCCGGACCACCGCAAGUUCCAGGGCUACUACAAGAUCGCGCGCCACUACCGCUGGGCGCUGGGCCAGGUCUUCCACCAGUUUCGCUUCCCCGCGGCCGUGGUGGUGGAGGACGACCUGGAGGUGGCGCCGGACUUCUUCGAGUACUUUCAGGCCACCUAUCCGCUGCUGAAGGCCGACCCCUCCCUCUGGUGCGUCUCGGCCUGGAAUGACAACGGCAAGGAGCAGAUGGUGGACUCCAGCAAGCCUGAGCUGCUCUACCGCACCGACUUUUUUCCCGGCCUGGGCUGGCUGCUGUUGGCCGAGCUCUGGGCUGAGCUGGAGCCCAAGUGGCCAAAGGCCUUCUGGGACGACUGGAUGCGGCGGCCGGAGCAGCGGAAGGGGCGGGCCUGCAUACGCCCCGAAAUCUCAAGAACGAUGACCUUUGGCCGCAAGGGUGUGAGCCACGGGCAGUUCUUUGACCAGCACCUCAAGUUUAUCAAGCUGAACCAGCAGUUUGUGCACUUCACCCAGCUGGACCUGUCUUACCUGCAGCGGGAGGCCUAUGACCGAGACUUCCUGGCCCGCGUCUAUGGUGCUCCCCAGCUGCAGGUGGAGAGAGUGAGGACCAAUGACCGGAGGGAGCUGGGGGAGGUGCGGGUGCAGUAUACGGGCAGGGACAGCUUCAAGGCCUUCGCCAAGGCUCUGGGUGUCAUGGAUGACCUUAAGUCGGGGGUUCCGAGAGCUGGCUACCGGGGUAUUGUCACCUUCCAGUUCCGGGGCCGCCGUGUCCACCUGGCGCCCCCACCGACGUGGGAGGGCUAUGAUCCUAGCUGGAAUUAGCACCUGCCUGUCCCUCCUGGGCCUCUCCUUGUCACAUCAUGAGCUGAGGUGGGACCACAGCCCCCAGGCUCCAUCGGCCUGCCUGUGUUUCCCUCUUAGGUGCAUUUAUCUUUUUUAUUUUUCCAAGUGGCAUUUAAGUGCACAAAUGAUAACGAGAGGAUUAUUCUCCCGUUCUCAGGGGAGUCAGGGGAACUAUUCUAGGGUAUGUUGUGGGGUAUUAAGCAGGAAACCACUGUGUGGUAGGGGGGCACUGGGCUUGUUGGGGCCAGAAAUGUCCACGUCCUGAGCUUUCUCCUGGAGCAUAUGCAGAGAGUUUGGCAACGUUCGCUCUCUUGACCAGACAGACCCCUUCUGCCUGACCUGGCUCUUCCAGCCAGGGCACGAGCCCUCCUUCUAUAGCUGCUCCCCUUCCCCCAGUGGGGACUGGGUUAUGGGAGAAGGGGACAUAUUUGCAGCCAAAAUGAUACUAACCAAAGGGGCUUCCCUGUCUGGGCCUGGUGGAGUUGGUGGGUCAUCGGGGCUCACUGCCUCCUGCCCUUCUCCCCUGUCUCUCACCCCCACUUAGCCCUUCUCUCCUUGCAGCCUAGCAGUUUAUAGUUCUGAGAUGGAAAGUUGAAGGGGGCAAGCAAGACUUCUCCUCAGUCCAUGCCCAGCUGUCAGGAGAGAGGUGCAGGGAGGAAGGCCUUGUGCUGGGACAACCCCUCUCUUGCCUUACCUCAGAGAGGGACUAUGCCCUGACCCCUCCUUUCUGAAAAUCAGUGCCCUCCCUGUUGCUCUAGGAGGCUUCUGCUGGCUUGGUAGAAGACAGAAUUCGAUCUGCCUGUCCCUUUUUCCCCUGGGGUUUGACACACAGGAUCCUCUCAGCAUGAGGUGGAGCAGUAGACCAGGUGGAGCAGUGACUAGGACGCCUCUAGCCCAGUGCUGCCCAGCCUCCCUGCCCGCUCCCAGGCACCCCGUGUCCUCACAGGCCAGGACGCCGUGGCAGGGUGGAGAGGACUUGGUGGAUUUUUGUUUCUUGCCUGACCUCAGUUUCAUGAAAGAAAGUGGAAGCUACAGAAUUAUUUUCUAAAAUAAAGUAAAGGCUGAAUUGUCUGAAAAA